CCCCCACUCGCUGCCUUCCAUCGGCCCGAGCGCCGGCGUCGCCGCUCCUUCCACCCCCGUCGUCCCCUCGCCCCCAAUGCUCCUCUCGGUGCGCCGCCUCCCUGUCGCUCCUCCCCGCCCAUACGCCCGCCCGCACGCCUCCCCUGCGCCGCCCUACCUUCGGCUACGGCGACAACAUGGUCCAGUGGCGAUGGCGAGGAGGACGACGGCGUCAACGACACCCGUGAUAAACUCGCAUAUCUUCUCGGCCCCCCCGACGGCAAAACUCAGGCUCCGUCGCCAACCAAAUGUCAAGAGAUUUGUUGUACGGAGUAAUCUCUUCGAUAGACUGACUAGGGUUGCCAGGUCCUAUGCAAAUGCAGUUUUGAGUUCAUUUGAAGACCCUGAGAAGAUCCUAGAUCAAGCUGUUUUGGAGAUGAAUGAUGAUUUAAUAAAGAUGCGGCAAGCCACUGCACAGGUCUUGGCAUCUCAGAAGCGGCUUGAGAACAAGUACAAAGCUGCCGAACAAGCUGACGCGGAUUGGUAUCGAAGGGCUCAACUUGCUCUUCAAAAGGGUGACGAGGAACUUGCUCGUGAAGCCCUUAAACGGCGUAAAUCAUAUGCUGACAAUGCAAGCUCCUUAAAGGCCCAGCUUGAUCAGCAGAAGAGUGUCGUUGAAAAUCUUGUCUCAAAUACCAAGCUUCUUGAGAGCAAGAUAGCAGAGGCCAAGCAGAAAAAGGAUACCUUAAAAGCCCGUGCUCAAUCAGCCAAGACUGCAACAAAAGUGAGUGAAAUGUUGGGGAAUGUAAAUACAAGUAGUGCCCUGUCAGCAUUUGAGAAAAUGGAGGAAAAAGUAAUGACAAUGGAGUCCCAAGCUGAGGCACUUGGUCAGUUAGGAGCUGAUGAUCUAGAAGGAAAGUUUGCAAUGCUUGAGACUACAUCAGUUGACGAUGAUCUUGCACAACUGAGAAAAGAACUGUCCGGGAGCUCUUUGAAGGGCGAACUUCCUCCAGGUAGGCCGCUCCGAGACACAGAGAUCGAGAACGAGCUAAAUGAACUCCGGAAGAAGGCCAAAGAGUAUUAGAUUUUACAGGCCAUGCCCCUGCAAUGGGCUUGACAAAAUCUCUCAUCAGAGAACCCCAGACGAGAGUAUAGCCUGCAGAUUUCUCCAAUGCACAUUUAAACCUCGUUUUUUGUGUAGAGGUAUGGAUAUAGGCGAAAAUUUCUCAGCAUUUUCCCCUCGAAUGACAUUGUACAGUUAACCAUUACUAGAAUGUAAAUCCCAUCUCGUUUUAGAGCUUCUCCGAGUGCAAAUAAAUCAUUUUUACUUUUGGUAA